AUGCAACAGGACAAGGACUUCUGGUUCGAUGACGGGAAUAUUAUCCUCAUAGCACGAGGAAUCGGGUUCCGUGUCCAUCAAGGCAUUAUUGCACGACACUCCACAGCCUUUCACGACUUGUUCACGGUCCCGCAGUCCCAAAACGAGGAGAAAAUACUGGAUUGCUCUUUCGUUCAGUUGUCGGAUUCUCCAAGUGAUCUGCGGUGUUUGCUGCGAGUCCUGUAUGAUGGGAAAAAAUAUCUCUUCGCCGGCACGAAGGUGGAAUUCUCGGACGUCGCAGCAUUGGUGCGGCUUGCACAGAAGUACCAGAUAGAGGAUUUGCGAGACGAAGCCUUGGACUGUCUAAAGACAUACUACACCGACGAAUUUGCAGUGUGGGAGGUGGGUAUGUCCAGGAGGUGCAACAUCUCCAACAUGAACGUCAGAAUGCGGGACGCUGUCGCGGCGGUGAACCUUGCUCGGCUCACCGAUACGAUCUCCAUCCUCCCGGUUGCGCUGUAUUUAUGCUGCCUCCUCCCUUCUCAUUUGCUCCUUAGAGGUAUUCGGCGAGAGGAUGGCGAGGUGGAGAAACUAUCAAUGGACGAUCUAGAGAGAUGCUUAGAAGCCCGCAUGGAACUCUUGAAGGCAAACCUGACCAGGAUUUCCAAGGCGUACUCUCCAGUUUACAGUGAUUACCAGCGAGCCGACUGUUAUGGAUGUGUAUCCAUGAUGGAUCAACUUCUGGCAUUCCAUAACCAGGCAGUGACUGGUCCUUUCCAAUCAUGCAGAAUUUUGCUUACAGGUGGAGAGCAUGAUGAUGACAGUGUGAAGUUGCAUGCUUGUACGCGAUGCACGGCAAAUGUCAAAGCGGUGAACUUUACGGCUCGCCAGGAAAUCUGGGGCAGACUCCCAAAUAUUAUGCGGCUGAAGAUUCCGACCUGGGGGACUAAACCCCAGCUGAACAAUAGUGCAUAG